CUGGAUCAACUGUUCUUCUGCCACAUUCCUCAACAUGGUCACUGUUUAUCUGCGAAAGGAAAGCAUGGACAAUGUGUAGUUUGUAGCAUCAUCUGAGCUCUCUACUGUUAUCUCUCUCCUUAAAUGAUAACCUGCUGGGACUGCAUCAAGUGAGUGCGAACGGGAGACACCAAAGGCAUUGUGGGAGUUACAGUCUUUUACAAUCCACCAACCACGAGGAAGUGUGAUGUAAACAAGGAAGUCGUUGAAAAAUUAAAGGAGGGGAGAGAAGCGUGGGGAGUGAUCACACGGAGCUGUCAUUGUAGAUCUCCUGUUCCAUGCUUCAUAAAGCCUAAGCCUACAGAAUGGAGGAAAGACACAAAAGGAUUCUCCAACGCAAUAGGGUCAAUCUCGUGAGAGACCUGAACCCGUCAGAUAUGUAUCAUGGACUUCUGUCAAAAGGAAUAUUUACUCAAGACAUGAUCGACGAGAUAAAGAGCUCAGGGAUCAGACAAGGCCAGGCCAGGCAGUUGGUUCGAGACCUGGAGACCCGCGGGAGUCUGGCGUUCCCAGCUUUAAUAGAGUGCCUUCAUGAGACAGGGCAGCAUAGUUUAGCAGAGCUCCUACUGGAUGGAGAACCACAAAACCAGCCUCUACCUCAGCCUGUCCAUGUCCGGCCAGUCGUUAGGCCUUUACCAGUUUACUCACCUAUGGACACUGUCAAGCCUGCUCAAGUGGUAACCCCUGUCUAUCCAACUCAAUCAGUGAAGCCUAUGCCCACCACACCCAUUCCAUGUACAGUGGCAAGAAAAACCCCUGAAAGGGAGUUUGGAAAACCCAGGGCAACAGGAAGAGUUAGACGUGACAGUAUUCAGGUACACCAUGAAGUUUCAGAAUACACGGCCAACGGCCUCUACAAACAGAUGCCUGGUUCCUUUAACUUUCUACGCAAACUUCUCUACUUCCAAGCCCUGCCCUGCCAGAGACCAAUCGUGUCAUGACAACACAGUGUUUCACUCUCAGGAAAUUGUCUCUUCAUGUGCCCUUUUAAAACAAUUCCAAUUUUCUCUAUCAAUGUUUAUUUGGAUAUGUGAUCAAAGAGUACCAAGAUUGUAAUUUUGUUGAAAUUUUUCUAAUGUUCUUUCAUUUCUUGUUUUUACACUCAACAUUUUUGAGAAUGCAAAAUCAUUGUGAAAAUCAAAAGAAUUGCAGCGGAAAAAAAAACAAUUGUUUACCUUGAGAAGCUCUCUGAGAAAUAUCAAUCAGGACUGUUGAUGACCUUACUAUUAGCCAGAAAAUAAAUUGUAUAUAAUAUGUAAUUUCCAUGUUGUGUGAAUUAGUUUCAGGUGAAUAUUUAGUGAAUUGCUGUGCUGUACUUUAGGUUAACAAUGUGAUGUCCAAAAUGUAUUGUGUAAUUGUGUUCUGGUCAUAUUUGUACACUGUUUUUUAAACUAUUUUAAUUUUGUUUUAAGGUUUAAAGGUUACCGUUGCAACAUGUCUUUUGUAUGGGGGGUGGGGUGCCUGUGAGUCAUUGUGGCUUUCAAAUGCAGUAAGCAGGAUUCAGGAGUUUGAUAAUUAUAAAGUAAAUUGAUAUGUUUCGACAUGCGAAGGGAAAUUCCUGAAAGAGAUACUAAAUUCUAAAAUCCACGUCUGGGUCCCUCAAUUCCCACUUCCAGGGGUUGGAAUCCAUUGAUAUUAGAAGUGUUUAAUAUUUUUGGGCUGAUCCUUUUGAUUUAUAUCAUAGAUGUCUGACCACAGCUGUGCAGUACAAUUCCAAUUGACUUGGUCCACAAGCAAGCCAGCUCCAGGGACAACUUGAAGACCAAUCUGUAAUGGUGAAUUAUUUUUAUUUAUAUUCCAAAUCACAGCAUUGUGGUUUCUGAGGCCUGCAACACAAAUAAUCCUUUGCCAUUCUUGAAUCCAAGAGAAGCAGAGGAGCCAGCUCUAACCUGAGAACAGAUCACAAUUUACAAUGCUGUCAUCAAGGCAAAGCGUGGCUACUUUGAAGAAUAUAAAAUACAUUUUGAUUUGUUAACACUGUUUUGGUUACUAUAUGAUUCCAUAUGUGUUAUUUCAUAGUUGUGAUGUCUUCACUAUUAUUCUACAAUGUGGAAAAUAGUAAAACACUAAAGAAAAGCCCUUGAAUGAGUAGGUGUGUCCAAACUUUUGACUGGUACUGUAUGUUUGUGUUAAUGUCAUGGGAUGUGCAAUGCAAUUUACUACAGAUUUGGCAUCUGGAUUAAAUAAAACCUUUGUUCCAUAUUA